AGAUCUGAGGUAGUCAUGGUCACACAUAGCAGCACAUUGAGUGUGAGAGAGGAAGGAGGUCAGCUCAGCUGUCUUUUUCACCCUCCCCUCCUCUUACAGUUCAUACCGCACCCUCCUCCUGCUCAUUCUCCACCCGCUCAGCUUGCUUUUGUCAUCUCAACCACAACUUGUUCAACUCCUUCCACACAUUUACCAUUGGGAGUCAACACACUGAAAGAUGAACUUGGAUAUUUGCUGAUUGGAUGUUACAGAUCUAAAGCAGUUCACAUCACCAGAAAUUUGGCAAAGCCAAUGGAGGAUCAAGAGGAUGAAAUUUCAUCCCCUGGAUUUGGUCCACUCUUCAUCAUAGAAGAGACGGGGGAUACAGAUAGAACCAUCGUGGAACCGAGUAAUGGCAACCAAAACCCCACAGGACACAGCUUCACUGAAAAACAGCUUAAACAAUCAGCCAUUUCAAAGCCAUACCUACAGGAGAUGGAUGUCUUACUGAAAAGCUGUGAAAAGCUUACAGGUAUUCCUUUUAGAUCACGCCACAUUGAGGGUUACUCUAAAGCAAGUCUGAGUAAGCCGAGUUGCAUUCGAGGCAAAGAAGAGGUCAUUCCCGAAACCUACGGAGAAGCAUGCAGCCCUCCCCAAGCCGAUCGUUCCUCCUGCUACAUCGACACUCAAAUGGAUGGGACUCAAACAGAAAAUGAACCAGCAGAAGGACAAAGCUUAUGCACAGUCAUCCACAGGCCUGGAACGUCUUACUGCUCAGAGAUGCCUCUAUCCUCAGCUGGCAACAGCCUGAGUGACAGCAUGUUGGAAUAUGAGGGGCAGCUGUUGGGAAUGUUGGCCAUGCUUGAGAGCUGCAUGGACGAGACUGGCAUGGACUUUGAAGCACAAAAUCAGGCAGCAGAUGCAGGCCAAGAAUAUGUGCACAUCCGUAAGAAUCCUCAUCAUCACAAGGGUACAACUCUGACGCUGGAACAGCAAGACAGCCCAGCACUGCUGCCAGUGUAUACUGAUUCUUGUGUUAAAGGAGAUAAAGCUUCAAAGGAUGAUGGGAUUGGAGAAACAAUAGACUCAGCAAGAAAAAAAAGCCCACAAAAUAAUGUGGCUGGCUGUUCAAAGGAGAGAACAGAGAUGCAAGGUUAUGUUAAAGUAGAUCAGGACCCUGACUUUAUGUUUUUAGAACCACAAGGGUCUCUAGAUCAAGCAAAUAUAGAUCCAAUGUACUGUGAGGGGAUAAACACAGAACAUAUGUUCAACGAAGAAACAGAAACAAUGGAAGACAUUGCCAGGAUAGGCAUAGUUAAUGCAAGCUUCACAACUGAAGACAGACAUAAAUUAAAAACUGACCUUGAAAUAGACAUGAAUAAACUAAGAUCUCAGAUGGAGGACUGCAUAGAAGAGGUGCAGCGGUUAGAAAAAAAAAGAAAAGAGCUGCUGAUGGAGGUGCUGCAGCUGAGAGGUCCUGGAGACAAAGUGGAGGUGGCAAGGGAAAGCAAGGUUGAAAACGACACUGAGGAGUCGAUUGACAGCAAAGCUGUAGAGCUGAUAGCAAUUCUCAAGCUGGAAGAGGACGGAAGACGAGAGGAGAGAAAGAAGGAGAUUCACAGCCUCAGGGAGGAAAGGGCAGAAGAAGAGAGGAAGACAUGGAAGGUGAGCCUGGAGAGACAGAGGCUGCAAGAAGAGCACAGGAGGCUGAGGAGGAGGCUGUUUGCAGUGGCAAGGGAGUGUGCCCACAGUCAGGCAACACUAAACAAUCAGCGCUGUGAUUUGGAGUUGCUGAGGGCAGAAGAAGAAAAGCUGAACUCUCUGGUGUUACAACUGGCAGAAGAGAGUUUCCAACUUAGAUCAGCCCAACAGGAACAGCUAUUGGAGCUACAAGCAAAGCUUCACCACCAAAACUCUGGACAGACCUCCAACACUCAGGAGGAGCUGACCGAUUGCAGGAGGAAUUCCUGCAGGGAUGUCGAGCAGUACGUGCAGGGUGGAUUGAAAGCACUGGAAGACAGGUAUGAACCCGUUUUGGUGUCACUGCUAAAGAGGAAAGAGGCAACAGCUGGUGGAGUGGUGAAAGCCAAACAGCAGUCUCAGGAGCUGAGGGUCCAGCUGAAACUUCUCAGAGAAGAGAUUCAGAAACUGCAACUGGAGAGGACUUGUUUGGAGGAGAGACUCAAACUGACCUUCAUGCAGAGGCAGGAGGAUGCAAGUCACUACAAGGAAGCUGUGCAUUUUCUGGAGGAGAGCAUCCGAGAGCUGAGGACUGAGCUGGAGAUUCAAAAGAGAAAGACCAAGGAGAUGGAGGAGUUGAGAGAAAGCCUCACCAAGCAACUCCUGCUUUACAGGAUUGCCUCAGAGGACCAUAGCAACUGUGAUCAACAGGGAAAAACAUGAUCAUACUUUUUGUUUUGGCUGAAAGACAGCCUUGUCAUUAAAAAAAGGAAAAAAAAAAGUUUGUUUUUUUAAGCUGCAAGAGAUAUUGAGCUCCAAAGAUUUCAAGAAUGCACUUUACCUAAGAUGUUUGUCUGUAAAGUAGGCUGCACCAUUCAGAAAGGUUUCUGUUGUGAAUAAAGGCCUGGUGUUUCCUACCAUG